AUGCCAACACGUCGGUUUGGCGCCAAACUGCAUGGACGAAGGCAACAAGGCAACAAGCAAAGUUUGUUCCGGCAUCACCUCGCUCACAAACCGUCCAAGCCCGAAGCACGCGCCCAUCCUCCCCAGCCACCGCACACCGCAACCACGCGAAAUUUCCUCACUCAACUCCAUGCUGAAGCGCAGAAACAAUACUGCGCACGCGUGCCUCCGGUGACAUCAUGGCUCGUCCAUCGGCCAAAGUCAUGCCAUUGGCCUCAAUGGCGACCGAUUUGCUUGCUGACAUCGCCCCGGAGCUUGCGCUACGCUGGUGCAUGCGCGAGGCUUCUCAGACAGACCUUCAGCUCCAGAAAACCAUGCCGGCCACCCUCUACCGUGCGCUCAUGUCCUUCCUGCUCCGUGCGCCCAGUACUCGCGACGCUGUCGCCGCAUAUGAGGUGCUCACGCGAGCCGUUUCAUUGCCUCUGGAAACCCCAGGUGCCUGUCUGGGAUUUUCUACUGCGCAGGAGUCGGGGCGCGUCGCUGCAGUGCUCACCAAUUUGGUCGCGAGCGCAGCAAGGGACGAGCCGUUGA